CGCGCCACCCCGGCGAGCAGGUAGAGGUACACAGGGCGCUCCCGCGAGUCCGCCACCGCAACCACCUCGCCUCGCCCAGACGCUGACGACUUCACUCCACUCCACGCCCUCCUUCCCCCGAUACUGCUCUCUUCCAUUCCUUCCAAGGAAUCCUCCCCACCAUCUUCAUCUCCACUCCCUCUCCUCUCUACUCCUCUACGCGGUCGAGCAAUCAACCCGCCGCCGCCGCCGGAGGGGCCGCUCUCCGUCGAGGGCUCGCCAUCUUAUAUAUGGGCCGGCCGCCUCCGGCUGCGCUCCAGCUGAUCGGCCGCCGGAAAGGUGCGGCGGGGUUUCGUUUCGCUCCCAUUUGGAUCAUGCCACGCGGGCUCAGGGGCUCCUCCUCGUGUUCCUCCUAGAUCUGGCUUGGAAUCCAUGGCGGUGCCCCGUUCGGCUGGGCUGGGUGCGGUGGGUGGGUGGUUGUGCGUCGUUCCCGUGCGGAAGGCCUCCUUUCUGUUUCCGCUUUAGAGCUGUGGGCAUGAAUAACUGUGCACUCUUUGCCUUUGUGCACACCUACCUUGACAAAAUUCCUUUAUGUUUUCCAUCCACUUGCGAAUUUGCGAAGAAUUAUAUGCUUCUGUUAAAAACAAUACUACUAGACUGAAUUGGAGUACAUUCUUGGGCGAAGUUUUCUAGGGGUGGUGUGAGAGUGGAUGCUUUGGUUGUUUCACUUGCUACCGUGGUGGUAACGCUAACUAAAUUCGUGGCUUUUGGGAGAGACGUUGUUUGGUUUAUGAGCUGUGAGAAUGGGGAAGCAGGCUGCUUGCUACAUUUAUGGUUGCAACUUUUUUUAGUAGUAGCAUUUUUAGAAUGGGAAAAUCUCUGACCGUUUAAGGUUAGUUAUAUUAGCGAAAGUGGAUUGCUUGUAGCUUUGUAAUUUCUGGACAUUGUCUACCUGUAUUCUUGUUAUCUAGUUGUGAUGACCUAUUUUUGUCUUCUUUCCUUUUUAUUCUUCCCAUGCUGCCAAAUAGUCUAUAUCACUGUGUAGUGCAUAUUCUUGGUUCGCUGUUGGAAUGUUUUUUCUUCAGUUAAAUUUUAGUAUUCCUAGAAUAGGAAAUGGCUGUUGCCAAUUGCCACUAUGUUCCAGCAUUUACUUACUGCUGGAACUGUUUUCCAUGGCUUGGAUAAAUUAUCAUCUGGAUAUAUUACCUUGUACUGGUGACAUUGCACAGAAUCUGCAAGAAGAUGAGUUCACAUGGAUUUUCUACAAAAGGCGGAGAUGCAGGGUCAAAAUUACCAAGUACAGUUACCACCCUAAAUCCAAAUGCAGCAGAAUUUGUCCCUUCAACUUUUAGGUCGCCUUUUGGAAGUAGAACAGUUGCGGAUGUAAGUAAACCAGAUUUUAGGGGGCUCUCUGGUAAAACGAACCUUGGUAGGUCGGAAUCAUCAAAAUCUAAUAACUCGGAUGAUGAAACACACCAGUUUUGGCAUAGACAGCUUCCUGAUGAUAUUAUUCCAGACUUCAGUGAUAUGGAAAAAGUUGAACAGCAACAUGGAGAAUUGUCAUUUUCUGGAUUGUCAUUGAAUGCACCCCCUUUCUUUGGCACAGCAGCCAGCAACUUGUCGAGAGAGCAUCAUGGGUUAUUGUCUCAAGCAGGCAAGAAUCUUGACCUGGGGCACAAUGAUUUGUAUUAUGAUGAGAAUUCAGGUUCAAACAGUGGGAAGCAAAAUCAUGCAGAUAACCUAUGUUAUACUAAUGGGAAGCUUGACCUCCUUUAUGAUCAUGACCCACUUGAGUAUUUAGCAUCCCAGUUUCCUGGUUUUUCUGUGGAGAGCCUUGCUGAGUUGUACUGUGCUAAUGGUUGCGACUUCGACCUUACUGUUGAAAUUCUCACUCAGUUAGAGAUGCAAGUUGAUGCUAGCUCCUGUCAGAAUCUGAAUCUGGCCCCAAAUACACCAAACAUUGGCACAGGAAACUUCCCUGUACUACCUGGAACAGAAGACCUUAAUUGUUUGUUUGAAGGCAAUGUAGGUGCCCAUGGAAUUACAAACAGACACAACUCUUCAACAAUGUCUAGGACUGGAGAUUUUGUUUCAGCUAUUCAAAGACUUGCAUUGCAGGAUGCUGGCCACAUGAAGUUUAAAAAUGAAAGUCCCAAGUAUGCUAAUGGUCUUUUGAGUAUUGUUGCGCGGAAACAGUAUGGCUGUGAUACAAGGUCUUCCUUAGGAAACAAGUUCCUUAAGGCCAGUAGUAAUGUUCACUCAGCCCCAGUCAGUCUAAAGACUGGUGAUGCCAUGGCAAGCAUGUGCUCAGAAUCAAGGGGGGAAGCUGGUGAUUUUGCCCGCAUACGCAAUACAUGUUUUGAACAAGCCACGCAAGCUUAUAUGAUGGGAAACAAAGCGUUAGCAAAGGAACUGAGCAUGAAGGGACAGUUGUACAACCUGCAAAUGAAGGCAGCUCAUGAGACAGCUAGGGAAGCUAUUUAUCAGCAAAGGAACCCAUUUUCAUCUGAACAAGGCCAGGACCGUCUGAUCGACUUGCAUGGGCUUCAGGUGAGCGAAGCCAUCCAGGUUGUGAAGGCUGAGCUUGCCCUCCUGAUGGGUGCUACAAGGUCAGCUGGAGAAGGCACAGAUCAUGAUCUGCAUUGGAACAGGACACCACACCAAGGGCUCUCGCGAGGCAAGGUUGCCGGACGCCCUUGAACAUUUCCUCCUGGAUGAAGGCCUCCAUCACACGCAGCCAUAGCCUGGUCUGCUCCAUGUUAACCUGUGCUAACAUCGUCUUCUAGGUAAACAAUCUGGGAGAAGAAAAGGAGGUUAGGGGGAAAAAAGAAGGUGAGCCCUAACCUGACAAUGUAAAAUAUAUCUAUCUAUACCUGUAUGCACAAUGCACGUAUACUAAUUAGCUACUCCAAGGGCCAGAGAAGAACGGCACGAAACAUCAUGUAUGUUGUAUUGUUUCUCGUUGUACAUGUCGUAUGUACAUAUCAGGUAUAACUUGUUUUUAGUUAAUUAACGUGGAGACUUACGGUAGUCCUCUCAACCAAUGUUUAUGUUCUUAUUGGAAUUGCCACAUGUGUUGCGCA